CCAAGACUCAACGGAGUUGAAGCGGACUUCACGGACGAACAGAUACGGCCUUUAUGAGAAAACAUGGACCGGUGACCAGUCGUACAAAAAUGCCUGUAUUCGAUGAAGAAGACAGAAUGCCAUCUCGCAUCGAUCCCAUGAUUGCUUGCUCAUCACCACAAGUUUACCCGGUAUGACGCUGAAUGAAAGUCGUGACGCUUCGUCAAAUCGAGUUCGCCGCGCUCGGAAGCCUGUUUCUUGCCAUCCAUGCAGGCGCCGAAAGCUGAAAUGUGACCGGAAUCUCCCUGCUUGUGGGAAUUGUGUGCGUCGAGGCGAGCUCGUCGCUUGCACCUAUGCCAGCAGGAAGCCCAAUUUUCAGAACACCGGUGGUCAGCGAUCGAGUGCAAAUGAUCCUGAUCAGCUCCAGAGGAAGAUUGAUAAGCUAGAACAGCUUAUCGUCAAGCUCGUCGAUAACGCUCGCGAUGAUAACACCGACUUUGGUGCAGCCCUUGCCCGGAGAGGUCAAAUUAGCGGAUCAACGCUUCGGCACAUAGCCCCCCGCGUUGACACUGAAGGUGUCGACCUGGCGAUACCUGCUGGACGAGAGAGUGUUGUCGAACCAGAGGCCUUGUCAUUGAAAACUUUGAGGAUCGAUGCCCAUCAUCCAAAGUCGCUGUCAAUCGAUGAAGCUCAUUGGGCCCGUCUGUUAAACGAGAUUGGCGAAGUCCGCGGUCACGUCCAAGUGCAGCAAAAGAAAUAUGACGAGCAGAUGCAGAGAAUAUCAACACUCAUGGGACGUACGCCUGAGGAUCCUGGACCGGCCCUCCUUUUUGGUUCGUCGAGGACGGCAAGCAGAUCUGAGAUAGUCUCGCAAUUGCCCUCGAGGUACUUCUGCGAUCUCAUGGUCGACCGCUAUUUCUCCACCCUUGAUCCGGCGCUCUACAUUCUCCAUCAGCCAACGUUCAGCGAGCAGUACGAAGCAUACUGGGCAGACCCGAGUCAAACGUCCAUCGUCUGGAUCGCGCUCCUGUUCGGUGUACUCAGGGUGGCGAUGAAUGAUUGGAUCCGUGAAGGCGACGAGCCCAUCGAGUACUCGGGAAAAUGCCACGAUAUGGGGAUCACCUUCCGGGCCCGUCUCACCGACUGCUUGCUUCUGGCAGACUAUACGCGUCCUCAUGAGCAUCUGAUAGAGGUCCUGAUCCUUCAUCUAUAUUGCGAAUACAUCGUUUGCCGCGAUGCCAAGUCGACGACGUGGGUACUGGUAGGUAUGAUAGUCCGGUUGGCUAUGAGGAUGGGCUACCAUCAGGACACUCAACCGUCGUUGCCCAUGACGCCUUUCCAUACAGAAAUGAGACGCCGUUCGUGGGCUUUUGUCCGACAAGCCGACAUCCUCUUCUCCUUCCAAUCCGGCCUUCCCUCCAUGGUCAAGACCAAAAACUUUGAGAAAACCCUUCCGAUGAACAUCUACGACGACCACAGAUUCCACAAAGGGUGUGCAACAGUCCCACCCCCAGUCGAGAGCACGGAACCUACCCCGGUGUCGUAUCUCCUCUCAAAGACGCGCCUGGCGUUUGGUUUUGCACAGGCGCUCAAGGAGAUGAACAAGGACGGGCAUCAUCCGUCGUACGACCGUGUCUUUGAAAUCGACCAAACACUACGAAGCAUCUACGACAAAGUACCCGACUUCUACAAGGUCCGCAACGUUGCCGAACAGACCGCCGACCCCUUGCCAUUGGUCUUUUCGCGCUACGUCCUCGCAAACAUACACUACAAGUCUCUCUGCGUACUGCACAGCAGGUACCUCGACGCGGCCAGAUCAAACAACAAGUACGCCUACUCGAGACGGGUGUGCUUGGAAUCCGCCGUGACGAUGCUCAGGUUCCACGCCAUACACAACGAGGAGAUUUUGGUCGGGGGCAGGAUGAGGUCACUGACAGACUACCAGACCUCGUUGACGAUACACGACUUCCUCCUCGCCGCCACCGUCAUCAGUGCGGAAUUGUGCAUGACCCUACGCCGCGGCGAGGGGGACCACUUGGACGGGCCGACCACGGCGGAAAUGUUGAACGCGCUCGACACCAGCGCAAACAUCUUCAGCCAGACUCGCGACAAGAGCAUAGAAGCCUACAAGGCCGGUGAUGUUUUGGGGAUGAUUUUGAAAAAGUUUCAGUAUCCUCUGCAUUUGCAAGUUUCACCCGAGGGUACGAUUCCUGAUAGAACAACAACAGCAGCAGCAGCAGCAGUAGCAACGACGUCGAAAGAGAGAAACACUACAGUGGUGGUGGACAUCAACGAGGCCCUGGAGGGUGACUCUGACGGAGACGAGGAACAAGCUGAUGAAGAUGGCUCUUCCGGAAAGAGAAGAAGAACAAGUUUCCUCCCUCGACGUCUCGAUGGUCGCUGGCGAAUCGACAGGGCCCUGUGUGGUGCGAAACCUACGUUUGACGAGUGGCCGUCAUUGAUGGGUGGUGAAGAUGAUACAAUACACCAAGGGGCAUCCUCUUCAACAUGGCAGAAAAAUGCCCCCGCGAUUACUACGAGUGGUCCGUCUGCCUCUGCUCUUCCUCCUUCUUCUGCUUCCCCCACCGAUACAAAGACGGACAACAACAACGGUUUGCCGGACUUUUACCCUUGGAUGCUCGACCUCGGCGACCCCGUCUCGACAUUGUGGAGUCUGAAUGCCAACAAUGGGAACUUUUAGGAACGAAUAGAGAUGGGGAUGUGUGUCUGUGGUGUGUACACGAAUCGGGAGUAUGUGGUUUAUGGUAUUCUUUGUUAUGAACGAGUACAGUAUGAAGUACCAUGGGAAGGAUAAGAAAUCGUAUACGUUCGUG